CUCUCUCUCUCUCUCUCUCUCUCUUUCUUUUGCCGCAGCGAGAUCUCUCUCUCUUCUCUUUCUCUCUCUCUCGCUCUAUGCAUCCACCUGUCUCCGCGAUUUGAUGGACAAGAAGAAACUGCCACACCGAAACCUAUUCAAUUUCUCCGAUCAUCCACCGACUUACUCACUCCUCCUCUAGUUUUUAAAGUUUUAAGCUUUUCAAUCCUCUCUUUCGUCUUCUCUACUCUCUUCUUCUCCUCUGCUCUACUCUCUCUUUCUUCUUUCUCCCGUUUUGGGUAAUCAUCGGAUGGCGCGAAAUCUGCGAUGGGUUCUGCUUAUUGUUGCGUUCUCGUGUCUUAUUUCAGCACUUGAAGCUAGUGAGGGAGAUUCUGAUCCUCUUUACAAGUCAUGUGUUGAGCAAUGUCAGAAAACUGGAUGUGUGGGGGAUACUUGUUUCCAGCACUGUAAAUUUUCAGCUGAUGGAAAAGCCAUUGACGGUCCAUGGUACAUGCAAGAGCCACUUUACCUGAGAUGGAAACAGUGGGAUUGCCAAAGUGAUUGUCAGUACGAAUGCAUGAUGACAAGAGAAGAAGAAAGAAGAAGAAAUGGGGAGAUACCUACCAAGUAUUUCGGUAAAUGGCCACUCAAACAUGUCUAUGGAAUCCAGGAACCUGUCUCUGUUGCUUUCUCUGCUCUCGACCUUGCGAUGCAGUUCCAAGGAUGGGUCUCGUAUUUCAUCCUCGUUUACUAUAAAUUGCCUCUCCAGCCAAAUCGUAAAACGUACUAUGAGUACAAUGGAUUAAUGCAUAUCUAUGCAAUCAUUGUAAUGAAUUCACUCUUCUGGAGUGGUAUUUGUCAUAGCAGAGAUGUUGAACUGACAGAGAGGCUAGAUUACUCUUCAGCUACUGUAUUAGCUGGAUUUACUCUUAUUCUAGCAACACUCCGGUCAUUCAGUAUUCACGAUCAGUCUGUCAAAAUCAUGGUUACUGCACCUAUUCUCGCGGUUGCAGCAACUCAUAUUCUCUACCUCAAUUUCUACAACCUCGACGAAGGGCUUCACAGGAAAGUUAUAUUCGGGAUUGGAGGAAUAGAGAUGAUAGUGUGGGGACUAUGGGCUGCUUUAACGUCGCAUCCAGCAAAGUGGAAGCUAAGAUCUUUCGUAGUGUUGAGCAUACUCACAACGUGCCUUAGAAUGCUCGAUUUCCCUCCAUACAAAGGCUACAUCGAUGCUCACGCUCUUUGGCGCGCUGCAGGGAUCCCCCUCUCUUACAUUUGGUGGAGUUUUGUCUGCGAUGACGCUGUUUUCAGAACCACCGUUCAUCUCAAGAAGUCCAAGUGAAUUGGAAAAAGAACGACUCAAAAGUCUCUUUUAUCUUUAUUUUUCCGGCGAGUAUCUCCGGUGUUCAGAAGUUGUGUUAGGUGUGUUUUCGCAGAAGAAGCAAUGCUUUUGGUUCUUCUGUGGUGAAUCUUCUUCGCUUUUUCGGGUCUUCCUCUCUAUAUUUCUUGUUUCUUUUUCUCUCUUCUUGGGGUUUUUUUUUUUCUUUUUCUUUUUGCUCUCUAGGCUCGUCGGCCGGAGAGUUUUACCGUCGAGAGGAAUCGACCUUUAGGAUCACCAGUUCCAUUUUCCCGCCCUUUGACUCGCAACUCCUUUUCAAUUUUCUCUAUGUAAAAAAAAAAUAUAUGUUUUAUUAUAUUUAUAUCUGUUUAAUUUAUUUUUCUUUUACU